AUGGCGUCGCUGGAAGUGCUCGCGUACACGUUCGGCGUGCUGGCCGUGGUGCUGUUCGGCGCGGGCGCGUGCGCGUUCGCGGUGUACCGCGAGAUGAAGCAGGGCGGCCCCGACACGCCCGACUUCUUCCUCACGGCUCGCAAAUCGGUUCCCAUGCUCACCAUCGCGUGGUCGUUCUACGCGGGCGCGAUGGGGUCGUGGGCGCUGUUCGGGCCGCCGUCGUACUGCUUGUACGCGGGCACGCUGGGGAUGAUCAUGUACGCGAUAUCAGCAGGCCUGCCUAUCAUCAUAGUGGCGUGGUUCGGCGCGGUCAUCCACCGCCUCGUGCCGUCCGUCGUCUCCAUGGCGGACUAUGUGCGCCGCCGCUUCGGCCUCGUCAUCUCCCUCUACGUCUCAGCCCUCAUGCUGUUCAACAUGGGAGUGGCCAUCACAGCGGAGUACACGGCCGUGGGCAGUCUCUUCACGGACAUCAUCGGCUCCAAGAGCCUGCCCAUCAUCCUCGUUAUAGGCCUCGUCUCGCUCACCUACACCGCCAUCGGAGGGCUCUACGUGUCCAUUAUCACCGACCAGUGGCAGGCGGGCAUAUCAGUAGUGUUCGUGCUGGUGCUCUUCAUAUUCGUCUGCGCCACGUUCGACGCGCCUCUCGGCCCCUUACCGUCCGAGCCGGUGGAUCUCACGUGGAGCAACGAGUAUGGGCUGGCGUCCAUCGCAGUCAUGCCCAUCUCGCUCAUCUCCUCCACGCUCUUCAGCGAAGCCAUGUGGCAGCGCUGCUGGGCGUCAUCGAGCCGCAAGGCGCUGCUGGGGGGAGCAGCGCUGGCGUCAGUGGCCGUCACCAUUGUCGUCUUCCUCUUCGGCUUCGGCGGUUUACUCGCCGUUUGGGGUGGGGUGUGGCAGCCGAACGAGGAUUUCACCAACACCAACACCAUCCUCUUCUCUCUCUUCAACGACACCACGUGGAUCCUGGUCAUCACCACCGUGCUCGCCGUCGUCAUGUCCGAGUCCGCAGUCGACUCGCUGCAGAACGCCAUUGCCGACACGCUCACCACCACCUUCCUCGCAAUCAUCGACUUCUUCCUCUCCGUCUCCUCCGACGCAGUACAGGCUGCAGUGGCAAAGACAGCCUUCAUGUCAGUAUUCGAAGCCAAGGGCAUCUGGGCGGUGCGGGCCAUCGUGCUUCUCUUCAACAUCCCUCCGCUCGUCGUGGCCCUCAAGGGAUACAACGUUCUCCAGCUCUUCCUGCUAGCCAACCUCCUCACCACCACAUCAGUCAUCCCCGUGAUGGCGGGUGUGAUCCCCGGGAAAUGGUCCCGCUGGGUCGUCACGCCGUUCUCCGUGGGCUUUGGCUGCCUGUCUGGGAUCGCUUCUCUCUUCAUCUGGACGCAAAUCUACUCGGUGAUAAACGACAUGUCGUACAGCGAUUCGCUCUACCAGGUGUUCCUAUUCGCGUACGACUACCCGCCGUUCCUAAUGGCUCUCGGGUUUUCAUUCUAUGGGAUGCUGGUGGGUGCGGGGUUGGAAGCUGUGCUGAGGAUGGCGCUCAAGCUGGAGUACCCCGAGUUUGAUCUGGGUGCGGAAGAGUUGCCUGUGGUGCAGGGCGGUGAGAUGGUGGAUGCAGGGAUGGAGAAGGUGGGCAUGAGUGAUGUUGGUGCGCCUAUAAUGUCUUAUUGA